AUGCUGCUGCUGGUCGUCUGUGUUCUGUCGGUCCACACAGCUGGAGGUUCGACACAGAUCCAGAAUCACCCCACUGUAAAUGGAACUGCGCAGGAAAGCUCGCUGUUCUCCGCACGCUUCGGCUUCACAGACCUCGCUGGGGUGCGCUCCUUCAUGCUGGAGCAGGAGCUGGAAACCCGAAUCAUCGGGGGUCAGGAGGCCUGGGCUCACUCGUGGCCCUGGCAGGUUUCCCUGCAGCUCGCCUCCAUGCCGGCCUGCGGGGGUGCUAUUGUCAGCCCGCUGUGGGUCAUCUCUGCUGCCCACUGCUUCGUAAGGCAUAGUAAAGUAUCCUUGUGGACGGUUCUUGCUGGAAAACAUGACCUGGAUAAAGCUGAGGAGCCUCAGGAGCAGCUGGUGGGAGUCUCCAUGAUCUUCAUCCAUCACAGCUACAACACUGAGUCUAAAGAGAGCGACAUUGCUCUGGUGAAGCUGGAGAAACCACUGGAGUUCAACCACUUCGUCAGACCCAUCGACAUCUGGAUGACGCCGCUGCCUCUGCUCAUGAAAUGCACCAUCACUGGCUGGGGCUCCACCCGAGAGAAUGGCCCUCGAGUCAACAGACUGCAGGAAGUGAAUGUGACCAUUCUGCCCUCGGAUACCUGCAACCAGUACUACCUAGGCAGGAUCAGGCCCUCCAUGUUUUGUGCUGGGAAGGAUGAAGGGGGACUGGAUGCCUGUCAGGGGGACUCUGGAGGUCCUCUGUCCUGCUUCACAGGCACCAGGUAUGAGCUGGCAGGUUUGGUGAGUUGGGGGGUGGGUUGUGGUCGAGCCAAAAGACCUGGAGUGUACACCAGAGUGCAGCAGCAUGUUCAGUGGAUGUCUGACACCAUGGGUGAUCAGGCUCAAGUGUCUGAAGAUGACCUCAUAGAUGAAGAGGAGUGCGGAAAGCAGCAGAGCUCCGGCUGUGAUCAGACUCCUGGCCUCGCCGAAAUCUCGCUGUCUGUGGACGGCGUGUUGUCCGUGGUGAAUGUGACUGAGUCCUGCCCCUUCCUCUGGCCCUGGCAGGUCAGCCUACAGUUUAAUGGUCGCCACUACUGCAGCGGCGCUUUGAUCCACCCCCACUGGGUCAUCACCGCCAAACACUGUGGCGUCAGGGCUAAAGAGGAUGUGGCAGUUUUGGGGCUUCAUGACAUCAAGUUCCUGCCAGUUCAAACCAUCCUAGUGGACAAAGUCUUUAACCCACCGCAGAAAACGGGCUUCCCCCCGAAGUCUAACCUGGCACUGCUUCACCUGAGCGUUUCUGCCAGACUUGGUUCUGAAGUGUCUCCAGUUUGUGUCCCUGAUGAGGAUGACGACCUGGAUGACACCUGGUCUUGUAUCACAGCUGGCUGGGGAGCAACUAAAGCGAAAGAGGGUGUUGAUCCAGACCGGCUGCACCACGCUGGGCUCACACUCGUCAACACAACCUCCUGCAGGCAGAAAUGGGGAGGCUUCAUCACUGACUCUCACAUCUGUUCACAUCCUGCAGGCUCCACAUCCUGUAUGGGAGACUCUGGAGCACCACUCUUCUGUCAGAAAUAUGGCACCUACUUCCUGUUUGGUGUUGUCACAUGGGGCAGCUCGCACUGCAACUCAGAGAAGCCAGCCAUCUUCACCAGAGUGUCAGAUUAUCAGUCGUGGAUCAGAAAGAUGAUUUUCAAAUUCUGA